AUGGAGGAAGGAACAAAAAAUAAAAUGGUGUACGAAUAUUUCAGAGUGGCUAAUGCCUCUGUUCUUGGAUUGCUUCAUAAAUGUCCAUACACUUUUGUUAACUUUACAAAUCAGGCUAUCAAAGUAGAUGAAAUCCCUUCAAUAUUUCCGAGUGGAGAUUAUAAAGGCAUAUUAAAUUAUUUUACUGAAAGGAGAAAAUUGAUGAUUGCGUCAACUUCAAUAGUUACAGUAACUUCAUCUGUAAAGGAGUCAUUUGGAAAAUGA